CUUUGAUACGAUCAUUGUGCCCAACCUUCCUAUAACAGCCACCACCCUACCCAAUCAUCGAUAAAUCAAUCACUUGUCUGCUCCAAUAUUCCCUAGUACGCCCUGGUCUUUCCUCCUAAACCCAUAUCUGGAAACCGAAGAGCUUACCCCCAUCGAAGAGAAACAACUCCGCAAACGCCUCAUGUUCCUUCGCUCCCAAUCUCGCACUCCUCACCGUUCUCCUGCUCUGCAACGAAGACCCUCGGACACCGAGCCUCUCGUCAUCGCCUCUGGCUCCGGGACCCAGGACCACACCCAGAGCAGCCCUGCUCGCACCAACCUCAUGAAGAACCUCAAAAUAAACGGCUCCUGCACCUACUCUGACGACGACGGUGACUACCACCAGCAGCAAUCAUCCUCCUCGUGUCCAAACAACAUGAACCACAAACAUCCUCACAACCUCUUGGACAGCAACAGCAACAAACUCUGCCACAAACGCUCAACAACAUCCACAUCCAAUACCUACUCCACUGCUCACACGGCUCCCAUCGCUUCCUCCAGCGGAGAAAACGCAACCAACCCCUUCGAAGAUCCCUCCCACAUCGUUAGCGAACCCUCACCCUCAGAUUCAUCCACCCCUUCCACCAUCCGCUCCGAUUCGUCUACACCCCAACCUCAUCUUCACUCCCGAACCAAUCCCAACUCGAACUCCUUUCAUCCUCAUCCUCACCCUCCCCAUGCCAUGCAUAGCAACCACGGCCUAGACGGCACGGUCAGCGCCAACGGCGGUUUCACCGCCGGCACCACCGACCAUAGCUUGCCCGUCCCGGUAACCAACAAGCGAGCCCACACUAGUACUACGAUCUCGUCAAGGAGAUCGGGCAGGUCGACUUCUUCCAAACUCUCGAAGAGGGUGAGGAAGUUCCCACGGGCGGUGAGGCGGGCGAUUAAGAGGUUUUUGAGACGGGUGACGGGGAAGAGCCGGAAGAAGGACAAGAUGAAGGUGACUUGGACUGCGCCGCAGGAAUGAGACCGAGAAGCCUCAGAGGGAGAACAUGCAAGGAUGGAGAGUGGUGCAGCGUAUUGAUAGGGAAUGACAUGAUGGCUGGUGAGAUCAAUUGGUCGCCUUGUUAUGGUUACAUGCGAUUCAUGUAAAGACAUGGGGAAAUGGGGCAUGUCACAGAUGUUGCUUGUUUAUGAAUUGGGACAGAUGCACGACAAGGUCUUGGUGUUGGGUAUCUUUUGUCGACCUGCGGGAGGCUAUUAUCCCUGGGAAGCUAUCCGUUUUCGUGCUUCUGUGGGCGAAGCUACCUAAGAAUAUGCGAAUGGUUUAGUGCAUGAAUCGUGAUGGUUAGAAAAAAGACAGAAAGAGACGCAUUACUCACUUUAAGCAGCUAAGAAAUAGAUUGAUACCCCAAAGACACCUUUGGCUAAAACAAACAUCAAACAAACCAAUCAAUAAAAUCACGAAG